GUCUUUCUUUUUUUUUUUAUUUAUUUAUUUUUCAAUAAAAUAAGCUGUUAUAGUUUACAUUUUAUUAUUAAUGCAACCAGAAAACUUGCCAACAGAAGUAUUUGUACAAAUCUUUAAAUUAAUUUACAAGAAAAGCUUGUAUUCUUGUCUAUUUGUAUGCAAGCGAUGGAAUGAAAUUGCAAUACGUAUAUUUUAUGAAAAACUUGACUUGACAGGGAAAAACAUUGAAAAGCUACAUUCAGUAUUGCUUAUAAAUUCUCAACAUCAAGUCCUUAAAUGGGGUCCGUUUGUUAAUGAAUUGAGAAUUAGUUAUGAUGAAUAUGAAGGGUCAAGAUUCUUUGCUACAACAAGUUUAAAAGAUAAACAUGAAGAGGGGAUUCAAAAAUUAUCACAAAAUGAAUUUCUCAUGUUAAUAUCUAAUAUGAUUAAUGUAAAGAAAAUUGAUUUAUCAGGAAGUAUAUACUUUGAAUAUUAUAUAAAACUUUUACGUCAAGUUAAUAACUUGAGACAGCUUGCAGAAAUCUCUAAAGAUUCUCAUUCUUUAAACCACUCAGAGUACUUAUUAACAUGUUAUCACUUUCGCAAGACCCUGACCCAUCUUUCUCUUUAUUAUUAUGAAUCGAAUCAUACUAUAAAAAAUGUCAACCGUGUUAAUAUCUUACCUGAAUUUGAACAAUUAACAAGCCUGACAUUUGAAAAUAAUCGCGAUAAACGUUUAACAUUAUUUGAUAUCUUGACCAUUUGCCCCAAUUUAAAAAGUCUUGUAUACAUCAAUAACUUCCAGGUGCCUGAUGAAUAUAUAAAUGAGUCGUUAAUCAAGUUUACUAGACAAAAUAAAGUUAAAAAUCAUAGGUUACAAAAACUGGUUAUACACCAUCCAUCAUUUACUGCUUCUUAUAUUAAAUAUAUAACAAAGUAUAGUCCAGUAAGUUUAGAAACAAUUAAAAUUUACUUAAUGGAUAUAGAUUUGUUUGAUUGGUUUGAAGAGGAAGGGAUGGAGAAUAUCCUUGAUCUUGGACGAAGGAUGAGUCUCGUUAAAAAUUCACAUAUUUACACAAAUCCAGAAUAUAUUAAAAGAAAAGAUCAAGAUGCAGACACAGAUGUAGAAACGAAAAUGACCUACUUUUAUAGUCUAAUAAAUGCCUUGAAGGGCAAUCGUCCGUUGUACUGUAGUUGCACUUACAGUGAAUUAAAAAGCAGUGAAAACAUAAUAUCGAUCACUGACAAUAAAUAUUUAAGAUUUCAAUAUGGAAUUAACCAUGAAAACUUUCCACCAAAUACAGAUAUAAACAGCGAAGAAUGGCUAGCAGACCCCUUUCAUGAUUUAAUUUUACCAAACUUACAUGUGUCAAAAAUAGGUCUAGAGAUAAUCAAUUCUUUUACUUUUUAUAUACUUCAAGAUCAGCUCCAACAAAUUCCUAUUGCCUUAUUAAAAUAUGCUUUCGACAAUUGUCCACACCUUUCUUUCCUAGAGAUCGAUUGUAUGAAUGCAAAGUUAGAAUUUGCUACCGGUGUCAUAUAUAGAGGUUAUAAUCAACAUUCAGGCUCGGGGAAGGCGAUACACGAGAAUCUCACUCGAAUAAGAUUUAAUGGAUGUGUUGGAAUAACUGACGAAAUGGCCUUUACUUUAUCAACAUAUUUACCAAAUAUCGAAGGAAUCAUGAUCAAUAAAGGGUAUCUAAACAAAUGGCAUCAUCAAGAUCGAAUUAAAAAAUGCCAUGUAAUCGAUUUAACACCUUUCCCUCAUUUAAAAAAUUUCUGUUAUGAAAUAAAUCAAGUUGUGGAAUUAGAUAAUGAGAAAGUCUUUAUGGAAUUUUUAUCUAACGACGACCCUACUAAAGAUAGCUGUUAUGAAGUAAUUAAAGAUAAGAAAAAUAUGUAUGCAGUAAAAGAAACUGCAAUGAUGUUAAACAGACAAGAAUAUGCAGAGAAUACUUCAAUUAUCACAGUUAAAUCUAACCACGUUCUUGAUAAGAUUGUCGUGUAUAAUCAUUAUCGUCUUCUCUUUCGUUUACAAAUGGGCAAGCUAGCUCCUUUAAUAAAAGGAUACGUUGAUUGCCAUACAUUCUUGGAUGAAGAAAAUGAAGAUUAUGUGCAUAUAUUUGAUGACAAUUGAAUAUAGUCUUCUUUGAUUACGUUGAAAAUAUCUAAAUCUACAGUAAAUUAGUAUACAUACAUGCAUACAUACAUACAUACAUACAUACAUACAUACAUACAUACAUACAUACAUACAUACAUACAUACAUACAUACAU